CACUUUCAUCCCCAUUGACAGUAGACACAUGAUGAUGAGGUCUACAUUGAGAACGUGGGCUGUGCACCUUUUGCUUUACUUUUGAAUUUCAAAUUCAAUUCAAACAAAAAAAAAGGAAAAAAAAAAUAUCCGAAGAGAGGGGAAACGUCAAUCUUGGUGUUUCCAGUUCCGAGUUUGUAUCUUGUCUGAGGUUUUGCAGCAUUGCUUAAGCCCCAGCCAUGGGAGAUUCAAGCUGUCUCAUGAUGCAGCCCCUGUCUCACCCUUCGGUCUUCACCAAUGAUGCCACUGAGGAAAUCUUCCUUGAUGCAGGGGAACCCAAUUCAUGCUCUCGGGCAGUCCGUCUCAUUUGGCAGGUUCGUGUCAGAAGAGUCCUUGUCAUGGGAGAAGUGGUCAAGCUUCUCUCGGAAGCGCUAUGUUGAAGAGGCUGAGAAGCAUUCCCGGCCCGGAUCAGUCGCAGAAAAGAAAGCCUUUUUUGAGGCUCACUACAAGAAAUUGGCCGAGAAGAAAGCAGCAGCCUUGCUUGAGCAAGGGAAUGCGGACUCAAGCGAUGUUGCAGACUUGGAACGUGAAGGUGAUGUCUUAGACUCUCAAGAAAUUGUCAAUCCUAACCAAGAGGUGAAGAAUUUAAGGCAAGUGCAUAAUCUGGGUGGUGAGAUGGAGAAAAAUGAUAUCUGCGAGGAUGGAGGAUCACAGUUAACUGAUAAAUCCGUCGUGAUUGUGGAAGAUGCCAAGGAUGAAUCAUUGAAAGAGCUUGGAACGGACUCUUCCCCAGCCAAAUCCUCUGAGGCAGUUAAAAGCACAACAUCGGCAUACCCUUCAGCCACUUCUUUGUCCAGGAAGAGGAUACUGGGGGAUCACUUAGCCACUAGAAAGAAAACCGGCCAAAAAAGGGGCUCUCUUGCUGCCAAGUUUUCAAAGUUUCUGUCUGCAUGCAAAAGCAAUUCACAAUCAUUAAAGUCAUCUCCACCCAGAUCGAGCACCAAAGGAAAAACUGCAAAAGGCAAGGAGGACAAAGCAAUUAAAGAACCAAGUAAAUGGAGUCCUGGCUUUUGUUUUUGCGCGGGGAACUCUUCAAGUAUUCACAAAGGCAAAGAAAGAGCAGAGCAUCAGAUGAAAAGUGUCCAACACUCCUUCCCAAUCCAGCAGGAUAGGAAGAAAGCUCAUGACAACAACGAUGAUGCAAAGCACGAUCUCUCCAUCUCCUCAAAGAUCUUUGAUGAAUGAUGAUCACCCAAGACAUGUCAAGGGAAGGAAGGGUCAAGCGCCAACCAAGUCCCGAUGCUUUGGAGGCUUGUUAAUAUACUAUGUCCUAAAAAAUAUUCAAGUGUAAAGAUGUGUAGCUACAACUACUGCCAGAGGAAUUGCACCGAACGCUGUUCAGGAGGCUAAAUUUCUGUCGAACAGAUAGAAGAACAAUCUCUUAUUGUCGUGAAGCAAAUAUCAACCCGAGGAAAAUGCAUGGGCAUGGACUGGAUUGAUUUGGAGAGCUCACUGUAUGCAUAGCCUCAUUUUGUUAGUAGUCAGUAAGCUGUAAAGAUUUGGAUUUUUCUGUUCCCAAAACCUUGUGAUUCGUAUGAGAAUUGUCAUCCCUAGUGAUUCAAUCAGAAAUAAAGAGAGAAUGAAAGAGUACAAAGCAAAAA